CGCCCGGCGCGCCCCCUUCCCCCGCCUGCUGUCCCUCCGCUUGGGGUCCAGCGCGGCUGUGCUCUGAAGCGCUGGCUCUGCUGGCACUGAGAAAUGGACCAAUUUUGACAAGAUGUAGUGCUGCAGAGUGCCUAAUGGGAUACAUUCAGUCAUGGCAUCUGAACUUUGUAAGACGAUCUCUGUGGCAAGGCUGGAAAAGCACAAGAAUUUGUUCUUAAAUUAUAGGAAUCUGCACCAUUUCCCAUUGGAGUUACUGAAAGAUGAGGGACUGCAGUACUUGGAAAGACUCUAUAUGAAAAGGAACUCCCUUACAACCUUGCCAGAAAACCUUGCUCAGAAGCUUCCAAACCUUGUGGAACUUUACGACGAUUGCAGAAAGUUUCCACUAGAGUGUGCUAAAGAUACUUCAGUGGCCAUUGGGUCCCUUGUGAAACUCCAGUGUCUGGAUCUUAGUGACAAUGCCUUAGAAAUUGUUUGCCCAGAAAUUGGUCGUCUGAGGGCUUUACGUCAUCUUCGAUUAGCUAAUAACCAACUGCAAUUCCUACCUCCAGAGGUUGGCGAUUUGAAGGAGCUGCAGACACUAGACAUUUCUACCAAUCGUUUGCUAACUUUACCCGAGAGGCUUCACCUGUGCCUUUCUCUGCAGUACCUCACUGUGGACCGAAAUCGUCUAUGGUGUGUGCCGCGCCAUCUCUGCCAGCUGCCCAGCCUCAAUGAGCUCUCCAUGGCUGGAAACCGUCUUGCAUUUUUGCCACUUGAUUUAGGUCGAUCUCGAGAACUACAAUAUGUGUACGUGGAUAACAACAUUCACCUGAAAGGCUUGCCAUCGUAUCUGUACAAUAAAGUCAUCGGCUGCAGUGGCUGUGGUGCUCCCAUUCAAGUUUCCGAGAUGAAGCUACUUUCCUUUUCAUCAGGGCAACUAACUGUUUUCCUCCCAGCCGAGGUGAAGGCCAUCGGGACAGAGAAUGAUCACGUCCUGCCUCUGCAAGAGCUGGCCAUGAGAAGUCUGUAUCACACCUACCACGGCUUUCUGAAAGAUCUGAACUUUCUAUCUCCCAUCUCACUACCCAGAAGUCUCCUGGAGCUGCUGCACUGCCCCCUAGGGCACUGUCACCGGUGCAGCGAACCCAUGUUUACCAUCGUCUACCCCAAGCUCUUUCCCCUGAGAGAGACACCGAUGGCAGGGCUGCACCAGGGGAGGACAACGGUUAGUUUUGUGGCUUACUGCUGCUCCACCCAGUGUCUGCAGACUUUUGACCUGCUGAGCUGAUGAACGCUGAGAGCCUUGGGAGGACUGCCAGCUCAGGACUGCCAGCUUAGCACUGCCCCGCCUGUGCGUCAACUGUGCAUUGGGGUGGGAGAGUCUAGCCAGGCUGACACAGGCCUGUCCACCCUGUCCUGUCAAACACAGGGGCACUCCGGAACUCUCUGGAAAUGUCAUAAUUGAGCUUCAGAGCUGAAAUGCCUUCACCCUUCCCCCAAGUUGGAAUAUAUCCUCCCUCAAACUAA